AUGCUAUAAAGCAACAUUUAAAUUAGGUGCACAAUUUAGUAGGUCAAUCGCGAAUUUUAAUUAGAAUUGCUUACUUACAAAAUUUAAAAACAAAAAUUUAAUUAAAAUAAUUAAAUUUAAAAUGAAUUUGCAAUUAUCAUUCAUUUUUUAUUUAAAAAACUAAAAAGAUUUUAUUACAAUCCAUUUUCAGUUCAAUAUGAAUCUGAAAAUGAAAAAGCUUAAUUUAUAGAAUUUUAAAAUUAAUAUUAGUAAUUUAAUAUAAUUGCUAUUAUUAGAUCUAUUAAAUUGCUUUUAGACGACGAAAAGAUUAAUUCUUAAAAUUAAUCUUUUUUAGAAUGUUAAACAAAUAACGAUAAUAAGUUAUUUGUUUUAAAAUUGUUAAGUUAGGAUAAAAAGAUUUGUUAGAAUUAAAAUAAUUAAAGAGAUCACAAAAUAAAAUUAGUGGAUGACUGCUUUAGAGAAUUUAUUUAUGAAAAAAAUAAAUAAAUUUAAUAUCUAAUUAAGUUAAUAAAUGAGUAUAAUAAGAAGGAAGCUAAUAAAAUACUUGAGUAGAUAGAUGAGGAACAUGAUAAUAUUAAAUAUUCUUAAGGUUCAUUAAAUCAUACUGAAGAAUAUUAAAAACCUCUUAAUAAUAUCUAAGGAAGGCUUGAUAAAAAUAAUUAGAUAUCUUUGAAUACUCAGAAUAUAGAUCAAAAUAUGGAAUAUGAAGUAAAUAACCAAUCAAGAUCAUCUUAAAAUGAUAUUUAGUAUUUUACUUCAGAAAAACCAGAUAUAAUAAUAUAUUCAUAAUUUACUAUUAAUUAUGAUUCACAAAACAUAAAUAACCUAUUUUCUUAUGAAUUUUACGAAUCUAAUUAAUAAUAUUAUCAAACUUAUGAUUAUAUUUAAUACUCUUAGUAGCAAAUUUAAACUUAAUUAGAAUAUUAAACUCAUUGCAGCUAUCUUAAUAAUCAAACAAACUAAUUUAAUAGACCUUUAAUAUUUUGA